CCUCCCUCCCUCCCUCCCUCCCUCCCUCCCUAGUUAUAGUGUACUUUUUCUCUGUACGUUUAAAGACACAAUCCGUGGCGGAGUUAGUUAUAGCUCUCUAGUGACUCUAAGUCACCACUAAAAAAGAAUGACUGAGCCGCAAAAUUCAGAGACAGAGAGCAGCUCCAACUCAUUCUCUUCUCCUCCACUAUCACCCUCAUCUCCAGGGUCAACUCACUCACCUCCUAACUCGGUUCCUAGCUCAACUACCACCCUAAACGCGAAACCCGAGACCACCUCAUCAGAUUCUAAUAAAAAGAUCAAGAGAAUGAGGGAUUCAAGCAAGCACCCAGUUUACCGUGGAGUACGAAUGCGAAACUGGGGCAAAUGGGUGUCCGAAAUCCGCGAGCCACGCAAAAAAUCCCGCAUUUGGCUCGGUACUUUCCCUACCCCUGAAAUGGCAGCUCGUGCACACGACGUGGCGGCUUUAAGCAUCAAAGGCAAUUCGGCUAUUCUCAACUUCCCCGAACUCGCUAACUCUUUACCUCGACCCGUGUCUUUAGCUCCCCGUGACGUCCAAGCUGCGGCAGCCAAAGCAGCCCAAAUGGACAAGUUUGACUCCCCGUCACCUUUCACCACAUCGUCUGCCACAUUGUCAUCGUCGUCAUCGCUGUCGUCUUUGGUUUCUCAGAUGGAAUUGUCUUCAGGGUCGGACGAGUUAAGCCAGAUAGUGGAGCUGCCAAGCCUUGAGACGAGUUAUGACUCGGUUGAGUUAAAGAAUGAGUUUGUGUUUGUGGACUCAGUGGAUGGAUGGUUUUAUACUCCACCCUGGCUUCAAAGCGUGGACGACUGUGGGUAUGUUUGCGAUCAGUUAGGAGUGCCAGAGAGUGUCUUACAAAAUGGUUUCGAUGAAGGUUUGCUAUGGGAUUAUUAGUGUUUUUUCUUUCUUUUUCUUCUUGUGUUUGUGAAUUUGAGUGUGUAUCUUUUCUUUUCUUUUUGGGCUUCUUUUUUCCCGGUUUUAAGCCCUUUUGCUUUUUCUUUGAAGGGCUAAAACUCUGUCCCUCUUUCUCUGUUUUUGUGAUCUUUUUUCCAAUGAAUCCCACUGUACAGAGUUUAGAAUGGGAAGAAGAUGAAAGUGUCAUAAAUUCCUUCCCUUCUGGUUGGUGUAAAACACUUUGAGGCUUUAAAGCCUCUCUCUCUCUCUCUC